CAACAGUUUUCCCCGGGCCUUCCACAGCACCAUUUGUGUGUGUCUGUGCCGUGCAGAGAUUUUUCCUCUGAGCGCCUUUUGUCCAUACACUUUCUUGCUUUGAAUAGCCCCCACAAAGCGGAUCCCGACAUUGGGCUCUGCCAGGAGUGUUUGAGAGUAAAAAAAAAAAAGUGAAAAUGAAAGGACGACACCUGAGACGACGAUUUAGUCUUCAGCCGUCUUUCAUGAAGGACGACUGCGAAGACAGCAAGCACAGGAGAGACAAGGUCCAUCGACACGAUACGGAAGACUCAAUUGGCUCGUCCAACGUCCGCCACAAGAUCGUCGUGAUGGGCGCGGCAAAGGUGGGCAAGAGUUCCCUCAUCAACCAGUUUCUCUACAACAAAUUCACCCCAAAGUACAAGAGAACCGUGGAGGAAAUGCACCAGGGGAACUUCUCUGUCUCCGGCGUGGGACUCACGCUGGACAUCCUCGACACAUCCGGAGCUAAUGAGUUUCCGGCCAUGCGGGCGCUCUCCAUUCAAUCAGCCGACGCCUUCAUCCUCGUGUACGACGUCACGGAUGCCAACAGUUUCUGCGAACUGAAGCUGCUGAGGGACCAAAUCCACGAGACAAAGGCCACGUCUUCCGUGCCAAUUGUGGUGGUGGGAAACAAGACGGACCUCCUGAUUGAGGACAGCGAUCGCCGCGAGAUGAAUCGGGAAAACACGGAGAAUGUGGUGACGAUGGAUUGGGAGAAUGGAUAUAUUGAGUGCUCAGCGAAAGACAAUGAGAAUGUCACUGAGAUCUUCAAGGAGUUGCUGGUGCAGGCGAAGAUCACGUACAAUCUCAGUCCGGCUCUUCGUCGGCGGCGUCGUCAGUCGCUGCCUCCGCCGCAGCCCGGCGGCUCGUCCUCUGGCGGCCCUCCUGGCACGCCGCAGAGUCUGCCGCCGUCGACUUCCCACGUGCCAUCGCCAGCUCAGCUGCAGCACCUGCAGCAGAUCCAGGCGCGCUCAAUAGGCGGCAAGAGGAACUCCUGCAUCUUGUCUUAAUCCCCCAGCUGAGUCACUGGUAAUCAAUCGAUUUCCAGCCACCGCAGAUUGUAAAGCUGCUCGACUCAAUUCAUAAUGAAAUGAUUAAGAAUUCAUUCGACGGAAAAUUAUUGCAAACAAUGAUGAAUUAUUCAAAUAUUGAUAACCGGUAGAUUUUCCGCAAACACACACACACUCACCAUUUUCCCAUCCCUUUUCCCAGUGCUGUGUGAGCUUCCGUUCGGGCGGAGAGACGUUAGAUAAAAGCCGUGGGAUGGAAAAACAAAACCGGGGAGAACAAAAAGCCUGGCGAAGUAACCAAAAAUUAACAUUAAAAUAAA